GAAACCUAGUUGCCUUCCAGAGUUGUAGUCGGGCUGUAGAAUACAGUAGGGGUCGUUUCCAUUCCCAGAAAUUCUGCUCAGGAAUGGCUGCAGAAGAAGAAGGAAGAGAUCAGGGAAUGAUGCCAUGGGAGCAGCACGCCAAGGUCAUAAGCAUUCCUCGCUUCGAUUACAAUGCUCCUUCUUCUCUCCUGCAACGCUCCCACUCUGGCUUCCUCAUUACUUCUACCAUCAAGAGGGAGAAAAGCGCUACAAAAGAAGCUAUCUCAAUCCUUGAAAAGUAUAUUCGGUCCUCCAACAGUGGGAUCUCAAAAUGUGAAGAAAGUCCUCAUACAAAUGCUGAGACUAAGAGAAGGAAACUAUGCACAGAAGAAAAUGAUGGGAAAGUUUCCAAUGUCAUUGAAAGUAAGGACACCACCAAGGAUGCAGGUGGACUUUCAAAAGAUGAAUGUGCAUCCCCCACCAAGACUGAUAGAAAUGUAGCAUCAGACUGUGCUCUUUCACUAGUCAAGCUGACUAGGAGUGGUUUGCUUCUCCUUACCUUUCCUGAAGAAAAUUCUCCCAAUACUGCUGCUGUUCUCUCAGAUAUUUUUCAAGCUCUGGAAUCUGGGAGUUUAAAGUCACCACUUUGGUGUCAUCGCAUCUUCCCUAUCCAAGCUACUUGUAAUUUGAAUGAGAGGGAACUAAAAGCAGUUAUCUCAAAGCUUGUUCUUCAAUUUGUAAAUGAUAAACAGAACAAACUUGCCCGUCCUGUAAAGUUUGCAGUUGCAUUUAACAGAAGAGGAAUUGAAUCAACUGAAGCAAAGCUAAAGAAUUCUGAUCAAUUCGAUUUAUUGGACCGGAUGAAAUGCUUUGACGUUGUGGCAGCUGCAGUUAAAGAAGUUGUAUCAGAUUCAGCUGUUGACCUAAAAUCUCCAGAGCUUUCCGUUCUCGUUGAGUUGCUACCUCUUUCUGGAGUGCCCAAUGGAUCGCUAGUGGUCGCUGUUUCUGUUCUGCCACAAAACCUUGUUAGUACUAAGCCACGGCUCUGCAUUAAGCCACUAGUUUCAGAGAGCAACACGAGGAAGGCAAGAAGUUAAGGGCGUAUAUCUUCCAUGUAUAUUUUGCAUAUAAUGAAGAGGAUGUCAAUGUUCUUCUGAGGGCCAUGUCGGCCUGAGUUGACCUUUCCCUGAUUAUUGUUAGGGUAACAGAUAGGCCUUCAUGCUUGAACAGGGGUGAUUAAUGGAACUACAUGGAUCUUCUUCCAAGGAGCAAGCCUCAACCCUCAAAUAGCAGGGUUAUGGAAGUCUAGUAGCGUUUAAAGCCCCCAUUAUGCUCUGGUGUUUGGGUUGCCAUGGAAGGCAUGACUUGGCUAGUUGGUUUUUCAGGUUCUCGCAUCCUCUGAAGCCCAUUGAUUACUUAUGUUGUUUCACUAAUAUAUCACUAUUUAAACUCUAUGAAAUGGGUGAUCAAACACUAUUUAGGAAAAGAUCUCUGUUAGACGAGUUAAAGCUGAGUCAAACACAAUUCUCUGAAAAGGUCCUUGUUUUUUUCUAAAAGCAGUUCUUGGUUUCUAAAGUGGUUAAUAGUUCGUAUUUUGUUUCCGAAGUACUUCUUUUACCGUUUAGCUUUUGGAUUUUUUUUUUCAAAUUAAUUCUUGUUCCAAGU